AUGUCUGACAAAACGAAGGAAUUCUCUUAUUUGAUUUUGCAGUAUCUCCAAUCACAAACAAAUAAAGAAAUAUUUCUGAUGACGAGCGCUUUACUAAAACUCUACUUUUCAAAGGAAUAUGUUAUUGAAUUAACAAAGAGAAAUGAUCUGGAAAAACUCCAAAUGUACCUCCGUUGUUUUGUCAACCAUAAUGAUUUCGCGACAGUCAAAGCAUGCGUCGCACUCCUUGAAUACCAACUGUGCGCCGGAUGUAUCCAGAACGAUAUCGAGAAGAUUGUCGCAGUCAAGAGAGAAAUUGAGGCGUUGGAAAAUCCAAAGUCAUUAUUGGUGACGGAAAGGCUGAACAAGAUCAAGGCAAAAAUAUCAAUGGGGUAUUCCGUGUACAAUGAUUUAGAGGUCAAACCAAUCACCGAAAACCCGGAGAAGUACAGAGCUGAACAACUGGGAAACGUAAUCGUCGCGGCAAUGUCGGAGAGCAAAGAAAUGACAGAGAAAAUGGUGUUCCCUUCCAUCAUCCCAGACCAACUAAAAAGACUUGUAUCAAACGGAAUACGGUAUGACCAUAUCGUGAAAUGUGGAGGAAAGCCAAAAGAGAAGAUUGUGAUUGAGUCGUUUUUAAACAAUACGCAUACGUGUGGCGCGACUAGUGAUAUUGAUUUCGGCACGCAAAUGGGCAAACUGUAUGGGAUGAAAGACACUGUGACAGCUUUGCACGCAGAAGGAGAUAUCGUACAUAUCGGUUACAAAAGUGGAGUGUUUCAGUGCUAUGACUUGAGCCAAAACCGUGUUUGUUUACAAGACUCAUUUUCGUCCGAAAUUGUAUCCGUUGAUUCUUCGCUCCCAUGUUUUAUUGUUGCACAAAGCACAAAGGUGAAGGUAUAUUUGGAGGGAAACCAGAGGGUUUCCGUUAUGUGUGAAAUUAAAGGGGAAAAUGUCCAAAAAGUUGGGGUGAUGAGGGGCAGAACAGAAAUUGUCGUUUUGGAUAAUAAAAGGCUCAAAAUUUACUCAAACAAUGGAAAAGUCCUUUUAUUCAGCUCUGAUGGUGUUUUGGAUUUCGUUUUUGGUUCCCACAGUUGCUGUUUGAAGGUUGUUAAAGGGGACGGUGUUUAUUCAAUUUUUGGAGGCUUCGGGAAAAAAUACGAAGAGAAAACGGAAAAAAACAUCCCUUCAGUUGUGAGUGCUUACAAUGGUGUUGUGAGUACCCAAAGCAAAUUUUUCAAUAUACAGCGACAGAACGAAGAAAUCGAAAGAGACCAAAAAACAGAAGAAAAGGCGCUAUUUGGAGGUAAAAAUGGGAUGAUAGUCAGGUCAAAAAGUGGGGUUUUUCUCAAGAGUACGGAAGGCUGUAAAAAGGUCAAGGGUUUGGACGAUGCGAUUUUACUUUCCGGCAUUGACAAUAUCGAGGUUGGGUACAGUCCGGCACAGAAUUGUGUUGAGAUGUUCACCAAUACAGUUGAAUGCAUUAUUUCGUGGAGCGACCUUUCAAAUAGUCAUCCUUCUUUUCUUGUCCAACCUUCGAAACAAGGAGACGACGAUUCUGUUGUGAAAAAGAGUGAAGAAAUACCACCUGAUAGUAUCCUAAUAAAAAAGGAAGUUGCCCCAGAAACAAAAAAAUCUGUAUCUCAUCCUUUAGCUCCUAGUGACAAACCACAACCAAAUGAAAGAGUUGGUCCAACCCAAGAUAUCUUACAUCAUGAAUUAAAGCGACAAGACGAAUUCCCACACGUUCUUAAUCCGUUGUUGCAAAACCCACGAACGAUUUGUAACGGUCAAAAUUUAAUGGUGGAGUGUGGGACAGUGUCUGGGAAACGGGGCGACAUUUAUAUUUACACCAAGAGUUCGGCCAACGAAUUGUUUGUCUACAAAAAAACUGUUAAUUCUUUUAAGCAAUUAAACAACAAGAACCCCCUUCAAGGCUCUCACCCAACUGCUCCCGUGUGCUGUGAGGUGACUCGUUCCGGGUUGUUCCUUCUUUACAGCAACGAUACAAAGUGUGUGUUGUUCAAGUUGGCAGACAGCGUACCCUAUCCACCAUUUCCAAUUUCCCCAAAUGUUUCUGGAAUGGUUUCCAAAUUGGCGUUCUUCCCGAAUGAUGCAAAUUUAAUUUUAAUUGGAACAGAGGAUAAUCCAAAUACCAAACUCCCAAUGUUCCACGUCUAUCAAGCGACCAACGGUUUUCGUUCGCAAGACUAUUUAAGGACACAACACUUCGACGGAAAAGUUGUUGGAUUUUACUUCCCAGAAUGUGACAAAAACGCGAAAAAAAUACCGUUUUGUGUAAUAAAUCAAAAAGGCAUUGUGUUGUAUUCAAUUUACGACAAAGAAUCUCACCAAAACAAUAUCCAAGCCGGAGAAGUGAAAAUCAAGGAAAGGGAAGGUACUGUGUUUAUGACUUUCUCCGGAGGGAAGUUUUUGUAUCUCGUUGAGAAUGGACGCAUAACACAGAUCGACACUGAGAAGUGGAAUGUCACAAAGGAACUUAAGUUGGACAAAAUAGUCUGUGCGUGCAUUUCGAAUGAUCGCAAGAACAUUUUGGUGUUAACCGAAACUGUGUUUGUAGUUGUUAACCCCUUCAACUUUGAGACGAAAAUCCUUGAUAUGGACGAGAGGUUAUUAGGUGCGAAGUGGGUGUGUCCGAUCGAAGAUUCGAUGUUUGUGCUCGCAAAAGGAAAAUCUGUUUUGCGAUUUGAGCUUGUCCACGGAUUUUGA